ACCCGCCCCCUGUACAACAACCCCCCUGAAAUACAAAAUGACUGCGGUGGCUCUUUCACCACAGCGUUAAUAUUUGUCCGGAGAAACACCGAGGAGGACGAGGGGGGCUUCAAAUCCUCACAACUCGACGCUGAAGACUCGUUUUCUCUGCUCUCUCCGCGCUCCAGACUCUUCUCUGCGCGCGUCCCGGGUCCUUUGGUCUUUGGUUGAAUCGGCAGGAGGGGGGGACGUAGACCCAAAGCGACAUACAUUUCACGUUAAUUCAUUCCUCCACAGCAACAAUGGCAGCGCAGGAUUUUAAUUUCUUGCUUGCGACGGAUUCUUACAAGAUCACACACUACAAGCAGUACCCGCCGAACAUCAGCAAAAUCUACUCCUACUUCGAAUGCAGGCGCAAGAAAGGCUCCCAGUUCAGUGAAGUGGUGUUCUUUGGUCUUCAGUAUCUGCUGAAGAAGUACCUCACAGGCCAAGUUGUCACAGAGGAGAAGAUUCAGGAGGCGAAGCUCUUCUACCAGAUGCACUUCAAACAGGCCGUGUUCGACGAGGAGGGCUGGAGGAAAGUCCUCGAGAAACACGAUGGUCGUCUUCCCAUCCGGAUCAAAGCCGUCCCCGAGGGCAGGAUCAUACCCAGAGGCAACGUGCUCUUCACCGUGGAAAACACCGAUCCCAAUUUCUACUGGCUGCCAAACUACAUUGAGACCAUGUUGGUCCAGAUGUGGUAUCCUAUCACAGUCGCCACCAUAUCCAGGGAGUUUAAGAAGAUUCUGGCCAAACACCUCAGCGCUACCUCGGGGAGCCUCGAAGGCCUGGACCUGAAGCUGCACGACUUCGGCUACAGAGGAGUCUCCUCACAGGAGUCUGCAGCAUUAGGUGGAGCCGCUCACCUAGUGAAUUUCUGCAGUACGGACACAGUAGCCGGGCUGCUAAUGGCUCAACGAUAUUACAGCUGCCCGAUGGCCGGUUUCUCCAUCCCAGCAGCCGAGCACAGCACCAUCAUCUCGUGGGGGAGGAGCCGGGAGAAGGAGGCGUUUGAGCGCGUCCUGGACCAGUUCACCUCGGGGCCGGUGUCCGUCGUCAGCGACAGCUACGACAUCUUCAACGCCUGUAAACACAUCUGGGGAGAAAAGCUGAAGGAGCGCGUCAUGGAGCGCAGCCAGGACUCCUGUCUGGUCAUCAGGCCGGACUCUGGAGACCCAGCGGAGACUCUCAUUGAGGUCAUCAAAAUCCUGGAGGAGUGUUUUGGCUGUUCUCUGAAUUCUAUGGGAUACAAGGUGCUGCCUUCCUACCUGCGAAUCAUCCAAGGAGAUGGCAUCGACCUCAAGUCAGUAGAUGAGAUUCUCCUGAAGCUGAGCGAUGAAGGCUGGAGUGCGGAGAACGUUUUCUUUGGUUGUGGCAGUUCUUUGCUUCAGAAACUCAAUAGAGAUACACUUAACUGUGCCUUUAAGUGUAGCUAUGUGGAGACCAAUGGCAAAGGGAUGGAUGUGUACAAGCAGCCGGUGACCGACCCGUCCAAGGGGUCAAAGAGGGGCCGGUUAUCGCUGAGAAGAAACUCUGAUGGAUUCUUAGAGACAGUAGAGAAAGGAGCUGGAAAACCUGAGGAGGAUCUGUUGGUGACCGUGUUUGAGAACGGGAGCCUGGUGCGGGACUACUCCCUGGAGGAGAUCAGGAAGAACGCCCGACUGCGGGACGAGGAGCUGCACCCGACUCUGCACAACCACGAACAGGAGCUGCUGCACAAUCACAUCAUGAACGGGAUCCAUUAGAGCCGCGACGCCUCCUCUCAGACAGCGUUUAACGAUGGUCGCGCUGGAAGGACCGCGGCGUUUUCUGAACGUCACCCGCUUCACGGAGGGCGGCGCCAAAACACUCUUUACGUUGCCACCGAGUACUAACGACUAACACCACCUGCACCAGAGAAGCCAGUGAUUUCGUUGCUUUGAGGUAGAUCAGCUUCUUUGACGCCCACUCAGCACAAAAGACGCUGCAGGACCGUGUUACACUGUACAGAACAGAAGCUCAGGGUCACACACAACUUAGUUUUCUUUUUCUUUAUUUUUAUCCGGAUUUGAUGUCGCUCCUCGAGGCAACAACACAAAUCUGUUCAAAUAUACUCGACUUCCUUACGAUUCAUUUGUGUCUGUGUUAAUACUGGAAUUCAUAAAAAAAAAAACUUUAAUGAUAUUAUUGAUGAUUAAAUAGUGUUAAAUCAUCAGAGCACUUGGUGGGACGUGUUACAUUUCAGGUCCAUGUCUUCCCACUUCACCGUUAUUUAAUCCAACAAACCUCCAACAAACGCACACUUCAGAUGUCGUGCACUGUCUCUAGACAACAUGGAUACUCACAACUACUAAAACAACGCGUCUUCUCUCACACUUUGCACCGAAUCGUCAGGUGAAACCACGGCUGAGCUGUUCCACAAAGAGCCAGCGUCCAACGUUCAGUAAAUAAACCACAACACUGACACGUUGUGUAAAACAUGUACAACAUUGUGGUGAUGCACUGCCAAAAUAAUAAUAAUUAGGUUUUAUGGGAAUUAGCCCUUUACAUGUCUGCCACACACAUAUAUAUAUAUAUUAUAUAGCUGCACGCUGAGGAUGUUAUGAAAUAAAUACAAUAAAUGAAAUGAAAUCAUUUGAUAAUAAUAAGUUUCCCCUAAUUAUUGUUUGGUUUGAGUAUUUUACACGACCUGACCUGACUAAUCGUUUUAUUUAAACACUCGGUUUUUUUCUGACGCGUCAGAAAAGGUUGGAAACUGGUGAAGUGAAGCUUUGUCUCCACUGACACGUUUUGUCCGGUGUCUCGUUUCCAAAUCCACAUAAACACUAAAGCUGCCACUGUUGUUGUUGUCUCAUGUUGUGGUGAGAUAUCUUCUGGAGAAAAGCAUCAUGGGAGGGUCAGUGUGUAACUGUGGGUCUUUUAGAGUUUAACGUAGUUCACAGGCGUCAUAGUUCAUAGUUUUCAGGUCUAAAAUCAACAUAACCAGUCACCAGACGGCAAAGAUUCUUCUAAAUAUUAUAUAUACAACUGAGUAAACUUUAAAACUUGUCAUAAUUCGUCAAAUCUAAGUAGAAACAAAAACUUAAAAUGGUUAAAUCCUCACUCACACACGUCUUUAUGUUAAAUAACUAAUAAAGAGGAGGAGGAACAUAGUUUGGAGCAGGUCAUGUGAUCUGGAUUUAACGCCCUUCCUUCCUUAAAAGAUGUGAUGUCAUGUUUGUAAUUAGUUGAAAGUGAUUUAAAUAAACAUCUGUCAUAAUUAUCUCAAUUUAACACAAAGAACACAAUCAAAACUCAUUUCGAAUGAGCUCGUUUUAUUAUUGUUUAGAUAAUUAGAAGGUAGUUGUUGGUUAUAUAAUUGACAUUUUAGUCAGAUCUAGACAUUUUUAUUAAUAAGUGAUUGUUUCCAUAAUAAAUAAAUAUGGAUUUUAUAAAGACAUGAUCAUAAGGAACAUAAAAAAUACAUAUAUUUUACUUUAAAAAAAAAAACGUAUGCAAGCUUUAUCCCAUGGACGUCAAAAGACCCUCAAUUAUAUAUUGACCCAUGUUAUAUUUUAAUGUCAACACCUUUAGAGACACACAGGGUCUCUCACAGCAGGACGACACCACAGAACCACUGUGUUGUAGGUGCCGGUUUGACUUCUUGGUGCUAUUUUUGAUGCAGUAAAGACUCGUACAGAACAUGUGCAUCGUCUGUCUUCAGAUUUAAAUAGCGCUGUAGUGCAUCUCUUAGGUAAUAUUGACAAAAACAGAUUUCUAAUGUGGAGAUGUAACGACUGAAAAGCUCGUUUAAAGGUGCUGCCAGUCAUUUACUCUCUCUGUAGUAACACCACCCAAACACUAGUCGGCGCUGUGUCUUUUUUUUUUUUUCUACUUCCUGCUUCACUUCCAACAUUUUGAUUUGAGACUGCAGGUCAGAGCCUUUCAGAUGACUGCACGUUCAUAAA